UCGGCGCAGGCGCAGUGCCCGCUUUGGCUGCUGUCGCCGCGGCGUAUGGAGCCGCAGCAGAAUGGAAGUGGCAAGUGGCAAGCUGACGAGGAGCCGCCGCCGCCCCCGCCGCCGCCCGCCAUGGAGACGGGAAGCGAAGCCGGAGGAUCCUCGGAGGAACGGCGGCGGCGGAUAUCGGCCUCAGGCGGCCGUCGGCGCGGAGGCGGGCCGAGCAGGGCGGAGGCCACGGCGAGCCGCGAGAAAGAGCGCGUUGGCCCCGCCCCCCGGCCGCGCCUCGAUUCCCACCGCAAGAGCCGCCCCCCUUUCCCUUGGUUCGGCUUGGACAUUGGCGGGACUUUGGUGAAGCUGGUUUAUUUCGAGCCCAAAGACAUCACCACGGAGGAGGAGGAGGAGGAAGUGGAGAGCCUGAAAAGCAUCCGCAAAUACCUGACCUCCAACACGGCCUACGGCUCCACCGGCCUUCGCGACGUCCACUUGGAGCUCAGAGACCUCACGCUGUGUGGACGCAAAGGCAACCUGCACUUUAUUCGCUUCCCCACGCACGACAUGCCCGCUUUUAUCCAGAUGGGCAGCGAGAAACAUUUCUCGAGCCUCCACACCACCUUGUGUGCCACUGGAGGCGGAGCGUAUAAAUUUGAGCAGGACUUUCGCACAGUAGGCAAUUUUUUUUGGCUUCUUAACCCCCCCCCCAAAAAAGCGGCAAACGGGCCCCGGUUCGGCCCCUUUGGGAAAGAAACAAAGAUACUGAAAAACGUGUGUGUGUGUGUGUUUAACGUCGGUGGUCCUCGACUUAACAACCUACAAGGGAGCCCCGGGAUUUCUGCGGAUGGAAAAUUUUAA